AUGGCCCAGAGCCUGGGGUCCGCGGCCUGCGGCCUGUGCAGGGCCCUGGAGCCCGCCACGUCCUGCCCGCCGCGGCCUUGGCGGCCAAGGACGGACGCCCUCUGGACGCUGCACACGGGGCCCGCUCUGCUGUCGGUGCGUAAAUUCACAGAGAAACAUGAAUGGAUAAUCACAGAAAAUGGAACUGGAACUGUCGGAAUCAGCAAUUUUGCACAGGAAGCUUUGGGAGAUGUUGUUUACUGUUGUCUGCCUGAAGUUGGGACAAAAUUGAAAAAGCAAGAUGAGUUUGGUGCUUUGGAAAGUGUGAAAGCUGCCAGUGAACUCUACUCUCCUGUGUCAGGAGAAGUAACUGCAGUUAAUGAAGUGCUUGCAGAAAAUCCAGGACUUGUCAAUAAAUCUUGUUAUGAAGACAGUUGGCUGAUAAAGAUGACACUGAGUAAUCCUUCAGAACUAGAUGAACUAAUGAGUGAAGAAGCAUAUGAGAAAUACAUAAAAUCUAUUUGGGUAGUAUAUGUGGUAAUGUCUUCAACUGACUAUGGUCAUGAUGAUGACAUUUCUAUCUCCAGUGAAGAGGAUGGGAUCCAGAAUACCUGGAUCAAGACAGUGCUGAUGACUAUGACACUGAGAGAUCAGAAGGAGAACAUGAGGGUGAUGAACUUGUGCACUCUGGUGACAGUGAGCGAAGCAACCCUGAAGGAAAAAUCUCGCUUUACUAAUCUGCUAGUUAUUUCUCAGUGCAAUCAAGCUGACAAAUCAAGAUUAACCAUCACACUGUCCCACUUUGGAUUGUUGCUAAAUUUGCCCUCCGCGGAUCUAAGAGUCGAAUCUCAGGUCUGCAGACUCCUCGUAGCUGCCCAUUCCUCUCUGCCAGGAGGAUGGAAUGAUGGAAUGACCACCAGAAAGCCAGGAACAAAACACUUCACUGUUGCAUUUAUUAAGGAAACGUUAAAUAAGAAAAACAGAAGUCAAAACGGUGUCACGUAUAUCAAGAGCACUUUUGUGGCGUAA